AAUAAACAAAGAAAGAAGGUUACGUUCCGAACAAUAUUUGUAGUCAUACGUAUGGCAGAAUGGUUCAAUGACAUUAUGUGCACUAUUUAGUUGAAAAAGAAACGCACACUUGAAUAAGGAAACAACAAACAACCAUCAUGAAAAAGCUGCUGUAUCACUUGAAUACUACACCUAUAAAAUAAGCUUUAUUACACCUUGAUUCGUUUUCACCUCCCUUCUACUUUUUAUUUCAAAAUGGCUAACGGUCGAGACUCUAUUCAAGCCAUCUUUAUCAAACAAACCGAAACAAGACACGAUCCCAAAGCCUAUACUGCUUAUCGUAUUGACGUACAAGCAGCUGUACGACAAUGGCAUAUCUGGAAACGAUAUUCAGACUUUAUCAAACUGCAUGAACAACUCUCCCAUACAUUCCCUCAUAAUCCAGUACCCGCUCAUCUACCUCAGAAACGUAUCUUCCCACCUACUUUUAACUCACUGGAGCGUAUUGAAGACCGUCGCCAAGGUCUAGAAGACUAUUUGCGCACCAUUCAAAGUUGCCGUGAUGAUCGUUGGCGUAAAACAGAUAUUUGGUAUCACUUUCUUGCCUUACCAGAGAACGAACCAAAGGCAACAUCAGCAGAAGGAUUGACGUUUGGUUCUUGGCUGGAUGAAUAUGAUGAGCUCUUGACGAUCUCAAGAGAAAUCAGGUCGUUGAUUAACAGUCGAAACGCGCAUCAAAGUCAGCAUGAAGUAUCGGAUGCGAUGCAGUGUGAAUUUAAGGCCAAAAAGGGGUUGGCGACACUGACUGCACGUUUGGCUAUCCUUGAAUCAAGUUUGAUGGAUGAUGGUCAUGUACAGUUUUUAGCUGAGGGAGAAGAGAGAAGGAGAGAAGAUAAACUGAAUCGUUUGAAAGUAGAACGUGAUGUGUUGCAGCAGUUGGUCAGUGCUACACGUCAAGAUGCUCAUAAAAAGAAAAAACCAGCACCGCCACCACCAUCAUCUGUGGCAACCGCUCAUUAUGGCGAUAUUGGAUUUGAUACCAAUCAUCAAGUACAGCGUGCUGUCACAACAACAACAAGUCUGGACGCUAAACCUAAAAUUGGCACAGGAAGAGCAUUUGGUUCUGCACUUUUGGAGCAACAACAAAAGAAGAAAAUGCUUGAAGAAACGGAGUUUACAAAAGGACUGGACAACAAGGAAUUACUGAACUAUCAAACACAAGUCAUGAAAGACCAAGAUUUGCAUAUUGAACAAUUCAGUGAAAUUCUAAGCCGCCAAAAAGAAUUAGGCAUUGCUAUUAAUCAUGAAUUAGAAAACCAGAUCAGUAUUUUGGAAAGCCUUGAUGUUCAAGUCGAUAAUACACAAACAAAGCUUGCUUUUGCUAACAAGAAGCUGGCAAAGAUCAAAUAAUGUGACUGUUGAAAAAUAAAAAAAAAAGCUUUAUGAAAAA